GGGAAGGCUCCGGCCCUCGGCUGAGCCGGCGGCCCGGGGGAGGGGGAAGAAGAGGAACUGUGGCCCCGGCUCCAGCUGAAAGUCAGUCGGAAGAUACACUCAUUACUGGCGGGAGACGAAGCAGCGCUUUAGCUUUCUUCACGCGAGUCUCUCCUCCCCGUGGAAGGCUUUGAUGGGUCUCAGCCUUCCUCUUCAUCCUUAUCGUAAUCGCCACGGUUCGGGAAUAAGGCUGAAGCUACCGAGAGGCUGCUGACAACAGCCUGCACGGCCCUGAUAAGAAGCGACAAGUUCUGUUAUCUUGUCUUGCGUGACUGAAAGAGAAAAUAUCUGUUCUGUUGACAACUGGUAAGUGAAUACCCCCGCUUUAUAAAGCGUAGCUAGCUCUGUAAGCUGCUGCAUAGGCUGAGAGGAUCUUGUGGAUGGUGCCUGAACCCGUAGGACUGGGUACGCUGAAAGUGCUUGUUCCCGAGUUUGCCGGUGUUUCUGACGUGAGACAUCUCACCACGCCUCUUGCGCUAUUUCAGACAGAAAAGCUUCCAGCUAACCUCAUGUAGAGUCUAUGCAUGCUUCCAACCCGAAAACCUCCUUCAGGUCUACCAGUCAUGAAACGAAUUCUUCUGUUUUUUAUCCUGGCUGCUGCUGUUAUGUAUGGUAUACUGCAUGGAAAUCUGUGGAGAAAUAACCUCUACUGGAUUAGCUUUUAUGGACAGACUUCCUCUGUGAGGGCUCCUCCUUCCUAUGAGACUAGUGGAGUUACCCAGCUGCCACCUACGGCUGUGGAGAGAAGGAAUGCACUGGACAGUUGUGUACUGAAACCAGCAUUUGAAUCUUUACUGGGCAUUGACAAAAUAUACCCGUUCCUGUGCGCUAACGAUUUUAUCAGAGUGGCGGAGUUCCACGGGAGCGAUAAGUUUGAACUACCUUAUGGAAUAAAGAGAGCAGAGCAAUUUUUUCGUUUAGCCCUUUCAAGACUGCAGAACUGUGGACUUUCCAAUGAAAAUGACAGCAUUGCUUGUCGACGGUGUGUUGUGGUUGGUAAUGGAGGAGUACUUCGAAAUAAGACAUUAGGGGAGAAAAUUGACUCGUAUGACGUGAUAAUAAGAAUGAAUAAUGGCCCUGUUAUAGGGUAUGAAGAGGAUGUUGGGAGGAGGACGACUUUCCGCCUUUCUUACCCAGAAUCCAUCUUCUCAGAUCCAAUCCACUACGACCCUAAUACAACUGUUGUUCUCAUCGUCUUCAAACCCCGUGACUUGAAGUGGCUUUGGGAGAUACUAGGUGGUCAGAAAAUAAGUGCUAAAGGCUUUUGGAAGAAACCGGCUCUGAACAUGAUAUACAAAUCUAGUCAAAUUAGGAUUCUUGAUCCCAGCAUCACCAGAAAAACAGCUUAUGAAUGGCUUCGCUUCCCAACAAGGUUUCCCAAGAAGGAGAAACCCAAGCAUCCAACAACGGGGCUAAUUGCCAUUACACUAGCAUUUCACAUUUGCCAUGAAGUUCACAUGGCAGGCUUCAAAUACGACUUCACUGACAGAAAUGGUUCUUUGCACUACUACGGCAACGACACGAUGUCUCAGAUGAUGCAGAAUGAAUAUCACAACAUCGAUGCUGAGCAGAAAUUUUUGAAGAAGCUUAUAGACAAGAACUUUGUGGUCAAUUUGACAUGAAAGCUGAAUGGAAAAUAUGAAGAACAAUCGCUAUUUUCAAGAUUUGAAAAUUUUUUUAUUUUUUGUACAACUUUUUUAUUUUUUAAGUGCAGCAUAACUGUUUACUGUUUAAAAAGAGCACAGAAACCUCAUCAAGGCAGAAGCUUCUUCUAAGCCUGAGGGUAAUGAACUAUUGCAAACAGAGUUAACUGAAUUUCUGUGAAGCUAUUUAAUAAUGGGAAAACCAUGGAACUUUCAGCUGAAAGUAUCAGGGAUAUAUAAAAAUGUGAUGCACAUCACUUAUUUAUGAGCAAGAACUCUUUCCAAAUGAUUACUUCUCUGGAAUACUUCUGUUUCUGAUGUUGUCCUCCAAAAGAGUUACACUGUCAAGAGACUGAGACAACCAGUGUUUAAUUAGUAGAUGGAUGUCUUGUAUGUCUGUCUUGUAGUAUGAAAAUGGCUUUAAAAUGAUGCCUAUAAAUGAUUACUGUGUGUUUGGGAGAAGGGGGAACAUACAGAGUAUACAGGUUUUGGUCUGCCUUGCUCCUGAGGAGGGGACGUCCAUCUUCAGCAAAGAAGCGACAGCUUCUGCGCUGGCCAUUGACUGUCGACUCUGAACUGCUGCUUGUCUUUGCCGAAGGUGAAGACCCUUUGGUCUGAUUUGCGGAGAUGUUGGUAUUGACAAUGCUCAUGUUGUACCCAGUUUAUGGAAAACCAUACUCCCCGUGCUGUGCAUCUAAUAAAUUUUACAGUUGGUGACUUGACUUUAGAAAAGAGGGAGUAUGAAGACUGAAGAGUUGUCCUAACUACCUGUGUGUCAGCUGCUUCCCCCAGACCACAACAGAAAUGUGAGCUGGGCCAGAGAUGUUCAUGCCUGAGUUUUAAUUUAGAGCCAAUGCUUGUUGGAUUCCUAGAUCUUCAGGACAGGAUCUCAUGUAUCUUUCUGUUCACUCCGCAAGAAUCGGCAUGUAUUUUUCCGAACCAGCAAAAUCUUCUUUCUCAGAUGCUGUAAUGUGUCUCCACCUUUGAAAUGCAUCAAUAUGAGCAAUGAAUGUUCCCAUUUUUGGCAGUAGAGUGUGCUAGGGAAUAUGCAAGGUGUACCUCAGCUGAAUUAUCAUUUGGCUUCUGUUUACCUCUGCUGUCUUGACAUUUAGGUUUAAAGGAUGUGGCUGAACUAAAUCAUUUAGUGGUGGGAACUUACUUGGGAUUUUAAUUGAAACUUUUAAUGAGACAUUUAUAUUUCCUGUCUUGGUUUGUCUUGCACAAGCCUGCUGAAUAAGUUAAAUCUGCCUGGGAAUGCCUUUAACAACUGUCAAAGAAGAACAAGUAAUACGCUGUUCCAGUUCUCUUAUAGGGUGUAUAUAUAUUAUUGUUUUUUAGUUGUGGCACCUUUGCUUGAACAUCUUGUGGUUAUCUUGAUCAGUCACACCUAAAGAAAGCACAAAGAAGUCCACUUAAAAAAAAAAAAAGUCUUUAAAGUUGGUAGAAAAAUGUUUGCUGCUUUUUAGUAAAAUUAUAUAGAGAGUUUUAGUACAUUUAGGAGCAGCGCAAACAUUUACAAUAUGAAUACAAACCUCUAGCAGGUCAAGAGCAUGCUAUUUGUGUUUUCAGAAGCUGAGGAUUACAAGAGUACUGAACACAAUUCCUUUGCUGCAGCAUUGAAGUGACCAAAGAGUCAUCUUUCUUUUUUCCUAUUUCUCUUGUGGAGUGCAAUAGGUAUUUAAAAACCCCCACCCUCCUGUAGUUCUUAUCUCCCUCUUUAGAGCCUUGGCUCUACCAUUUGGGAAUUAGUGAGGGCAGUGUGAUUUGGAGGGGAGCCACAGCUGAAGGGGAGGAGGCUUGUGUUUUCACCUCAUGACUCCUGAGCUUUGGUCCAUUUCAGGCAAAUUGGACAUACCUGAAGUAACUUUGUAUGUCGUAUAAAAGUCUGUGGCAGGGGCUGGGGAAGGACCCAGACGUGUCCCCACCAAGGGACAGGCUGUGCCAUGUGUCCUGCCAGCUGGAUGUGUGUCCCUUGGGCCCAGGUGCUGCUGCAGGGGAUGGUCCCUUGUCCAGCCGUGCGCAGGGCGGCAGGCGAGAGCGUGGAGGAGAGGGGAGAGCUGGAGUGCUGGAGCACCAGAGCGGGUGACUGUGGUGGUGGAAACGGAGGAAACCAGAAUUUCCUCACCAGGUGGCAGAAGGGCUCUUACUCAGUUAUUUGCAUUUCCUUUUUUUAAUUUUUAAACAUGCACAUUUCUGAGGCUUUGAGGAGAUCUUUGCUUAAAAAUCUGGAUACAAACAGGUGGGGUUUUGCAUCAGAAAACAGUGACACUGCUGUCUUUGUUUCUACCAGCAUUUAUUUCUCAUGAUUAUUUCAGUUAAUUAAAAAGGUUCGUAUGUGACUCUGCAGCCCCAGACCUGCAGUGGUUUAGACUACUGACAAUAGCAAUUCCCAUGAAAAAAAUGCCGAGGUAAGGGUUUUCACAAAGGUCGUGGUGUUGUCCGAGCUCUCUUUGCGUAGAAGUCCUUGGCAGAUCUUGGAGACCGUUGAGAGCGGAGCCAGGCAGAAGCGGAGGGCUGCCUCUUCCCCCUCAAAACCCAUGGUCGCUCCCAGAGCCAGGCCCCCAGCUCUCCCGUGGGCUGCCGCCACGGAUCCAGCCGCAUCCGUGUAACAUCAUGCAGUACGCUGACUGAGAGGAUUUUUGCCAGGAGAGCUGUUGAAUUUGCCCUCUCCUCGCAGUGCCUGGUUCUUGUGACGGUGUAGGCUGCUUCCCGGCUUCUCCACCGCCAUCCCCAGUGGCAGGAGGUGGGUUAGGGAGCUGUGGUUCUGAGGAUGUGGUUAUUUUCUCUGCUUUAUUUCCUCUCUGGAGAUAUUCUUCCCGCUAAUUAAACUGACGACGACUCCUAAUUUUCCUAGGAGGUUUUCUGCUUUUUGGGGGUUUUGUUCUGCUAUAGUUAGAAUCCCCCAAAAACAAUUGGAAAAAAGGCUUCAUGGCAAGCAAAUGGUGUCCUCACCCCUCAACUCUUUUACUGAAGAUAGACUCCCUUUUUUUUUUUUUACUACAUCAGCUAUUGUCUUCCUAACACUAUUAUUUUUUUUAAUAAUGUUUGAUAUUCUCAAUGCAUUUAGUAUGCUGUCUACAAGCAUUUAUCCCUGUUGGCUGCUCCUUUUUAUUUCUUCUUAUUAAGCCUCCCUAUUUGUAUGACUGACUUCUUUUUGAAAUUAAGCAGUACUCCUGGGGAUAUUUUUCGCCCCCUUCUGUGCUCCUGCAGGGAUGUUGAGUCUGCGUGUGCCGAGGUUGCUGUUGCAGGGUGGCUGAGUAACUUCUAGAGCCAGACCUGUUCACUUCGGACCGAGCCAAGAGCUGAUACUAUUGAUAAACUACGAGGUACUAGUUCUUUGGAAAGCACAGCUUAUAGGCCAGUAGCUUUUAGCUUCGAUGAUAAGUGGUGAGCUAACUGCUUCAUUUCCCCCUGCCAUAAGAUGUUUUGGUAGGAUUCUGUGUACACCAGCCCUGCUUCAUCACUGUCACCCGCUUCAUGUGGUCAUUUCUGCUCCUCCAUGCCUUGAGAACAGGUAUCGCUUUUACACUAACUUCAUGUAGGUAAGUAUACCUGUGCAUAGUGCGUUUCUCAGUAAUGCCCACAGACCACAGCGUCUAUUCUAUCCAGGCAGAUGUUUUCACAGGUGUUUUGCAAUACCAAAGACUUCCCCUGGCACUUUCUGAGAAAAGCAAUAACGCUAACUCUAAAUACUUAGAUUUUUUUUUCUGAGAGUGAGUUGCUAUUAAGAUUUUCUUUUUCCAUUUUUGCUAUUCCUGAAAGUGAAGUCUCUGCACUGAACUUCCCUUUCAAAGCUACCCAAUUUUUUGAUCGCAGCAUCAGCAGCAAAGCUGUCAAAUUUUGAAUCCCAGGGUGCUGCCAGCUUUAUUUCCAUGUCUGGUAAUGGUGUAACUAUGUAGGUACCCAGUGUCUCCCAUCAGUUUUCUUCCUGUAUCAAUUGCAAAGUCAGAUGGUCCCACCCCUUCUUCCUCUGUCCUGUUCUCCAGCAGCCUGCUGAAUUUCAAGACAGCAGCAUCUUACAGCAAAGGUGCUCCUGCAUUUUAUCUGCCACCCCCUCAAAAUGCUGCGCUGUCAGAAAGACUCAGCUCUAAGAUACCAAAGCACACACAAAACAGGCAGGAUGCCGUACGUCAGCUGAAAGCUGUGUUUGGCUCGGACUUGUAGGGGGAUUUUUUUGUUGUUCUCUGUCGGGAAAGUAUUUUUUCCUCUGCUGUAAUAAUUAAAGGAAGUACAGAGAUAUGACUAAAGAAGGAAGGUCACAAACUAUUGCACUAAAUACAAAUCUGAGAGUGCCUAAAAGAUAUUACUAAAUGACAUUUCCAGUGACUGUAUUGGUGAUGAUAAUACAGAAUCACAACUGUGGUGGUUAAUAAUUAGUGUGUGGUACCUCUUGUUUCCUAUGCUGUGCUUUCCUUUUUAACAAUGCCCUGGGAGGUAGUAUAAAUACCUUAACUUUUAAGUGGGGUCUGAUUUUUAAGAACAUACGAAGCUCAAGAUCUGUUUUUGGUAUUGGUAAAUACUUAUUUUAUUUGCCAUUUGUCUUAAGUUUUAUAUGCCUUUAAAGUGCCAGCUGUAUUUUGAAGACGUUCUUACGGUUGUUUCAAGUGAAAUUUUGAAUGCUACAAAUGGAAAGAGAUUAUUUUCCUGUGAAUAAACUGUGUUAAAGACGA